GGAUGACCCCCAGCGGCAUCGUAUACACCCUUCAAUCUGCCACUGCUCGGGCUGUGGUCCCCCAAUCUGACAUCGAGCAUGGAGUGUUUUCCCUGCAGUUCAAAGAUGUGAGAGAGGAGGAUGCUGGGAUAUAUCGUGGAGUGGCGCAGUAUGGUGACAGCAAACAAGUGUGCAACGUGAUGCUGAGGAUCAUAAAAGUCACCCAAUCCCUGCCCGGUCUUCUUCCCGAGAAUGGCGCUGUUAACCUCACGUGUGCUGUCAUUGGCCCCCAUAAAUCUAUGUACUCUUAUCACUGGUUCCGCGGCGGGGUCCCAAUCUCUGCAUCCAAUAGGAUUUCAAAAGCCGGGCCCACUCUGUACGUCCGAAAGCUCACUCAGGAUGACCACGGCGAGUGGACCUGUGAAGUGGACGGUGUGAGGGCCAGCCUGACGCUCAGAGUCCUCAGUAUGUCGGGGCCGCCCCAUCUCUCUCUGUACGCCGCCGUUGGCUCUCAGGUAGAGCUCCCCUGUAAUGUCUCUGAAGUCCCUGCAGAAGAGUCACUGAGUGUCCAUUGGAGCAAAGCCACCGGCUCCGUCAGAGGUGACAACCAGGUUCUGACACUCAGCCAUGUGACCCCAGAGGAUGCUGCAACAUACAGAUGUGACAUCACCUACAGGAGUCAGCUGAUGACCAGGCACAUCACCCUAAAGGUCAUCCAAGUGUUUCCUUCAGGACCGACCUUUGCCAAAGAGGGCUCUUCCCUGACACUAACCUGUAACGUCACUGGUGCUGCUGACGGCGAGCGUUAUGAAUGGAGAGGACCUCCAAACUCCACUGAGCGUCACAAUAGGAGAAAAGGAGCCGUACUGACCCUACCUGCCAUCCACAGAGAGGACUCUGGGACCUGGGUCUGCUCUGUGCAUGGGAAGAAUGGGAUUCUGGGAGAAGCUGAACACUGGCUCUAUGUACAUGCUGCCCUGACUGGUGAGCUUGGUUCCUUCUCAUCAUGGCAGACCUACAUCGUCUUGCUGCUGUGCCUUCUUAUGAUCGUGGGCCUGGUGCUGAUCAUGGGCAUUUCCAUUCAAAACCGGCGGAGGCGUCUGUCACAUCUAGCUGCCCUGGCAAACCUUAACAGUCUCCCGAUUCCACACACAAAGAAAGUCUCUGUAAAUGAGUGAUUU